AUGUUAAACAAAAUCGUUGUUAAUGCGUACAAUCUAUGGGUAGUGGUCUUCGUCGCCAUUGGCACGAUUGCCAGUGCCUAUGGUCUAGCCAUUAUCGGAUCAACCGUCGGGCAACCAAGCUUUUAUACCUACUUCAAUUUACCAGCAGAAAGCCAGCCGGGAUAUCCUCAUGCAACCGACAUGAUCGGCGCACUGUGGUACAAUGCUACACAGGAAGAACGGGAAAGCAUUGCACAGGAAGCUUUCCAUGAGAAGGCAUGUGGAUCUCCCAGUGAUAGUGCACAGGAGAGUGACCCCAAGCCAGCUGUCGUUCAUGAUGUAGGAUCUUGA